GAGUCUGUCAUGCUGCUGCCAGGCCCCUAAUCUGCCAUGGGCCCCCUAUACCGCCUCCUCAUGCUGCUGCCAAGUCCAGAGUCUGUCAUGGGUCCCUGUACGGCCUCCCAUUGCUGCUGUCUCCAUCGCCACACUCUCUGCCAUGUGCCACUUUCAGGUCUCUUCACACUGCUGGUGUGUUAAAUUUUUUGACAUAGGGUGCAGGCAGAUUACGGGCCUCACAUAGCUGCUGCCAGGGCCCCUAAUCUGCCAUGGGCCCCUAUAUACCGCCUCCUCAUGCUGCUGCCAAGUCCAGAGUCUCUCAUGGGUCCCUGUACGGCCUCCCAUUGCUGCUGUCU